UAAUUUCCGUGUAUUUGCGGUAAAAGUCGUGGAUGUGAAAAGCUAUCUGGGAGAUCAACUGGUCGCUUGACCACAGGCCCAAUAGCCGCAGCACUUUUCGGCGAAAGGCCGUAAAAUCGCUCAACCAGAUAGCGCCAUAAAAUUUCGAAAAUGCCCCAAAGAAUUUGGUCUGAAUAGAUCUUGGAGCAGUGACUACUUCAGUUCGAUUCUAAACGGCGUGCGGAGUGCGUGUUAAGUGGAAAUCUAAACCGAAGGAUCCACAAGACCGACAGCAAUGUGGCAAGCGGGGCAAGUGUUGGCUUUAGUCCUUUAUGUGUUCGUAACAAUGAGAGUGGCACCGAGCGGCGGCAGUCGGUUUAAUGGCGCCACUUCCGGCAACCAGAACUCGCAACUGAAGGUGCAGAUGAACGCGUGGCAACCAUUCACGCAGCACAACAAUUGGCUCAUCCUCCAGGCCACGGCACCCAGUUCCCAGGACAUAAGAGAGCGUCGAAAGGAGCAAAAGCAGGAAGUGCAGGGGCAGGAGUUGCAGCACCAAGGACUUCCUAUCAAUUACUACGCCUACAACCAUCGCUACAACGACAGUGUGGCAAGCUCCUUGACGGCGGGCGGAAAUUACAAACAGGUUCCUCCAGCCAUCGAUCCAGCCAGCUACGUUUUGGCCAUAAGCCAGCAGAUGCGCCGCGGCCCAAUCCAACGCCAGUUGCCGGAGGCCGAGGAAGCCAAACCGGAAGUCAACGAGCUGCCUGCGACUCUAACCAACCAAGUUAAUGGUGAUGAUGAUGACGAUGAAACCAAUGCCAUUGAUUUCGAUGCGGAGGAGCAUCUGUCGCCUCGGGGAAUAGAGUCCUACUUGGAACCCUUCGAACGGGCGCUGGUGAAAGUGCGGGACUUCUGCGACUCCGUAAGGAGCUUUAUUUCUGACGAGCCAGAUGUGCCUGUCUCAAAUAAAUUGGAUGCCGCAGCGCCAGGUGCAACAUCAAAGGAGCUGGUGGCCCAAGGUCGCCGCAGCCGCCUGUCCACCGCCGAGUGGGAGGGCCGCAAGCUCAAGAAGCUGAAGAAGAAGCUUCAGAAGCUGUUCCUGCCCCUCCUGAUUGCCUACAAGCUGAAGUUCCUCACCCUGAUACCAGUGCUCAUCGGUGGACUCACCCUCCUGGUGGGCACCACGGGUCUGGCCGGUUUCUUCUUCGCCCUCUUUACGGCCGUAAUGAGUCUGAAGACCUCCGCGGGCGGCCACGGCAGCAAGGGGCUCGUUUUAAAGAAACUCACAUGAUCUGGGGCUUAGAUUUAAAUUAAAGAUAUUCGGCUUUGGUGAGCCAACAUCGAUUCCUCGAUUUUGUGUCGAUGUGCUGUAAAAAUGCGAAAACGCGCCCUCGAGUGAAAUAAAGUGUGUACAUAAGAGUCAAGUCCCUCGAAAGCGAUAAACAACUUUAAAAAAUCUUUAAGCUUUAUCUAGCCGAAGGG